AUGAAAGUCCUCUUCCUCGGCGCAUCAGGCUCCAUCGGCAGCGAAGCCCUCCGCCGAUGUCUUUCCCAUCCAAAGGUCACAUCCGUAGUCGCCUUCGUGCGCCGCGCCCUUCCUUCAGAUCAUCCCAAACUUCAGACCGUCAUAGUAAGCGACUUUUUAAAGUGGUCCGACGAUAUUAUUCUCCCGCAUGUUGAUGCUGCUGCGAUGAUUUGUGCCAUGGGGUCGUAUAGAGGAAACGUGAAUGUGGAUAUGGAGUACCCCCUCGCUUUCCAAACAGCUUUCGCGGCUCUUCUUGAGAAACAACCAAGGCGAGAACCGUUUCGAUUUAUUCAUCUCAGUGGAAAGUGGGUUGUUCAAGAGCAAGAUGCCAAGUUAUGGGUGAACGACUACCCGCGUAAACUCAAAGGACUGUAUGAGAUUCGCUCACUAGAGGUUGCGAAAGAGCAUGCGGCUGUUUGGAAGGCUUGGAUGCUAAGGCCUGGCGGAGUCAUUACCCAGAGGAUGAGAGUGCCAGGGUGUUUCGCUCAGGUGCUCUUGGGUGAUGAUUUUGUUAUCAAGAAUGAAGAAUUGGGUGCCUUCUUCACCUAUUUGGCUGUUGAGGGAAGUGAGAAGGACGAGUUUGUUAUUCUGAAUAGAAGGAUCGUUGAGGGGGGAAGGGAAUAUUUGAGGAAGAUGAGCUCCAUGAUUGAGAAUUAG